AACCAAAACAAUUCUCUUCAAUUUUACCAUUUUCUUUGUUCUUGGAUCCAAAUCAAGAAAAUUUCGAGAAAAUGGGGGUGGCUCAAGCGAUGGAAGCCCUAACCGAGCGAGCAGGUUUGAUGAAAGAGUCUCUACAUAAGAGCCAAACCAUCACCGAUAACAUGGUCGGAAUCCUAGGUUCUUUCGAUCAUCGUCUGUCGGCUCUUGAAACCGCCAUGCGUCCCACACAGAUAAGAACACAUUCUAUAAGGAGAGCUCAUGAGAAUAUUGACAAGGCAUUGAAAGCAGCUGAGGUUAUAUUGGAUCAAUUUGAUAUCUCUAGAAAGGCUGAAGCUAAAAUAUUGAGAGGACCACAUGAGGAUCUUGAAAGCUAUCUGGAAGCAAUUGAUCAACUAAGAGGCACUAUCAAAUUCUUCAGCAACAACAAGAUGUUUAAAAGUGCUAGUGGAGUUAUUAGUCAUGCUCACGGUUUACUCUCUAAAGCUCUAUCAAAGCUAGAAGAUGAGUUCAGACAGAUACUGCAAAACUACAGUAAGCCAAUGGAACCUGAUCGCCUUUUCGAAUGUCUUCCAAGCAAUCUUCGACCAUCAUCAGAAGGUGAAGGUGGUGGUGGCAAGAACCAUGAUCCGCAUCACAAGAGCUUAGAAAACGCUAUUUUUACUGUCCCAACUGUCAUUCCUCCAAGGGUUCUGCCUCUGCUUCAUGACCUAGCCCAACAGAUGGUUCAAGCUGGUCAUCAACAACAACUUUUCAAAUCUUACAGGGAUACUCGAGCUGCGGUGCUGGAACAGAGUUUGCGGAAAUUAGGUGUGGAGAGGCUUAGCAAAGAUGAUGUUCAGAGAAUGCAAUGGGAGGUCUUAGAAGCCAAGAUUGGGAAUUGGAUACAUUACAUGCGAAUAUCCGUGAAACUGUUAUUUGCUGCGGAAAAGAAAAUCUGCGACCAAAUACUCGAUGGUGUUGAGUCUCUGAGAGAUCAAUGUUUUGGGGAAGUCACUGUAAAUAGUGUAGCUGUGCUGCUUAGUUUUGGGGAGGCCAUUGCUAAAAGCAAGAGAUCACCGGAAAAACUGUUUGUUCUGUUAGAUAUGUAUGAAAUAAUGAGAGAGCUUCAACCCGAGAUUGAGUUGCUCUUUGGAAGCAAACCUUGUGCCGAGAUGAAAGAAUCGGCGUUGAAUCUGACAAAGCGAUUAGCUCAGACAGCUCAAGAAACUUUUUCUGAUUUUGAAGAAGCAGUUGAAAAGGAUGCUACAAAAACCGCGGUUAUGGAUGGAACUGUACAUCCGCUUACUAGCUACGUUAUAAAUUACGUCAAGUUCUUGUUUGAUUACCAAUCGACGUUGAGGCUACUUUUUCAAGAGUUUGACAGUAAAGAUCCUGAUAGCGAGCUGGGAGCGGUAACAACGAGGAUCAUGCACGCUUUACAGAACAAUCUGGAUGGUAAAUCGAAGCAGUACAAAGAUGCAGCAUUAACUCAACUUUUCCUAAUGAACAAUGUUCACUACAUAGUGAGAUCUGUCAGGAGGUCAGAAGCAAAGGAUUUAUUAGGUGAUGAUUGGGUUCAAAUACAUCGAAGAAUCGUACAACAACACGCUAAUCAGUACAAGAGAGUUUCUUGGGCAAAGAUCUUGCAGUGUCUCACGGUUCAGUCGAGUGGGAGCGGUCCGAUAGAAAACUCAAAUAUAUCAAGAGCAUCAGUAAAAGACAGAUUCAAGACUUUCAAUUCUCAGUUUGAAGAGCUUCACCAAAGACAAUGCCAAUGGACAGUUCCGGACAGCGAGUUGCGUGAAUCUCUCAGGCUUGCUGUUGCAGAGGUCCUUUUACCUGCCUUCAGAUCGUUUCUCAAACGUUUCGGGCCGAUGAUAGAGAGUGGUAAGAACCCACAGAAGUAUAUAAGGUUCAGUCCUGAAGAUCUUGAGAGAAUGCUUAACGAGUUCUUUGAAGGCAAGACUUGGAAUCACACAUGUCACAAAAUGUCUAAUCUUCAUGAGCUCUCGAUAGAAAAUUCCACUGAUGAUCACGCUGGAUGUUUUCAAGAAAAAGAGCAGUUAUACAAAUGUCUUAAAUGCGGUAUCUUCUUCCACAAGGAAUGCUUGGAGUCUGCAACAGAGAUUAACGCUCACGAAAACCUAGGAGAGGUAAGAGCGGUUGAAGACAAACCCAACGAUGAAUCUAUCAAGGUAGAUGAAAGAGGAGCAAGCAACGUUCAUUUCACAAAUGAACAUCAUGGUAAGGUUGAUGAUAUAAACACAGGAUAUGAUGCUUGCAAGUUCAAGCAGAUUCUCGAAAAGUACAGCAAGCCAAUAGAACCUAAGCACCUUUUCGAGUGUCUCCCAAGCAAUCUUCGGCCAUCGUCAGACGGUGACGGUAGUGACGGAAUGAGUCAUGAUCCACAAUCAAAUGGCUUAGAGAAAGAUGAUUUUACGGUCCCAACAAUCAUCCCACCUAUGGUUUUGCCUCUGCUUCAUGAUUUAGCCCAACAAAUGGUUAAAGCUGGUCAUCAGCAACAACUUUUCGAAACUUACAGGGAUACUCGUAGGGCAGUGUUGGCGCAGAGCAUUGAGAAAUUAGGUGUAGAGAGACAUAGCAAAGAUGAUGUUCAGAGAAUGAAGCAGGACGUCUUAGAUGCCAAGAUUCGGAAUUGGAUCAUUUACAUGCGAAUAUCUGUGAAACUGUUAUUUGCUGCGGAAAAGGAAAUCUGCAACCAAAUACUUGAUGGUGUUGAGCCACUUAGAGAUCAGUCUUUUGCUGAAAUCACUACUAUUAGUUUUGAUAUGCUUCUUAGUUUCGGAUAUGCUAUCGUUAUCAGCAGGAGAUCGCCGGAAAAUGUGUUUGUUAUCUUAGAUAUGUAUGAGAUAAUGAUAGAGCUUCAACCAGAGUUUGAGUUGAUCUUUGGAAGCCAACCUUGUACCGAGAUGAAAGAAGAUGCAUUGAAUCUGACAAAGCUAUUAGCUCAGACAGUGAAAGAAACUAUUGUUGAUUUCGAAAACGCUGUUGAAAUGGAUCCGACUGAAACCGUUGUUAUGGAUGGAUCCGUACAUGCGCUAACUAGCUACGUUGAGAGAUACGUCACGUACUUGUUCGAUUACAAAUCGACGUUGAGGCAACUUCUUCCUGAUACCAAGCUGAAAUCCGCGUUAACGGGUAUCAUGAGGGCUUUAAUGAACAAUCUGGAGGGUAAAUCCAGACAGUACGAAGAUGCAGCAUUAGCUCAACUAUUCUUAAUGAAUAAUGUGUAUUACAUUGUGAGACAUUUUAGAAGGGAAGAAGCAAAGAAUUUGUUGGGUGAUGAUUGGGUUCAAACACAUGGAAGAAUCGUAAAACAACACGCAAAUCAGUACCAGACAGUUUCUUGGAAUAAGUGUAUCACGGUUCAGUCGAGUAAGAGCGGUCUGAUAAAGAACAAAAGUAUAACAAAAACAUUAGUAAAAGAAAAAUUCAAGACUUUCAAUUCUCAAUUCGAAGAGCUUCACCAGAGACAAUGCCAAUGGUUAGUUCCGGACGUUGAGAUGCGUGAAUCUCUCAGGCUUGCUAUUGCAGAGGUUCUUUUACCUGCCUACGGAUCGUUUCUCAAACAUUUCAGGCCGAUGAUAGAGAGUGGUAAGAACUCACAGACGUAUAUAAGGUUCACUACUGAGGACCUUGAGCGAAUGCUCAACGAUUUCUUCGAAGGAAAAAACUUGGAGUGAGCCCAAAAGAAUAUAUGUAUUAAUGUUUG